AUGGGCUCUAUCGUGGACUCGUUUUUCAUGUAUGCCUAUCUGGCCGUAUUGUAUUUUGUACAAGGGGUCCCAUACGGCGUGCAGGACAAGUUACUACCCCAAUACCACCGUUCGGCAAGAUUUCCCUACAGCCAGGUGACCUUAGCGCGCAUUCUACUGUUACCCUGGCUCUGCAAGCCACUUUACGCGUCCUACAUCGAGAAGCACUGGACCCAGAAACGAUGGCUUCAGCUUUUUCUCCUCAUUCUCAUGGCGGUUACAUGGGUCAUGUCGUACUUCGGAGACCAAGUCUCUUAUUUCAUUGUCACGCUCCUGAUCCUCAAUAUUGUGUCGGCGUCGCUGGACAUCUCUGUGGACGGCGUUGCCAUGGACGUUCUGCACGGGGCUCAGCUUUCGGUAGGCAACGCUGUACAGGUCGGAGCUUACAAAGCCGGCGCGAUUUUUGGCGGUGGGCUACUCCUGGCUUUGCAGUUUCUUGCCGGUCUUAAGGGCGUUCUUCGGGGUCUAACUUUUGUCUAUGCCAUUGGCUUGAUAGCGGUCACUUUUCGAAGCGACGGUGAGGAGAGUCAAGAAGAAGCUGACUCAUCAGCGGCUGAAGCUACUGGUGAGGCUGCAGGGAACGAUGGAGUCGAGGGUCUUCGGAGACGUAAGAGAGACCCCGAAUCGUUAAAAACCGGCACGGCUAAGGAGGCCAAAGAAGACGAUACCGUUGAGUCUACAGGACCACUGCCAGAGUCGUUCUUUGGAAAGGUCAAGUGGGUCUUGUCUGUCGAAGGUACCAUGGGGCUUCUGGUCUUCCUGUUGUUCUACAAGUCGGGAGAGUAUGGUAUCCUCACUACUUAUCCGUCCUUCCUGCUUGAACGAGGAUACUCCUACUUCACGGUCGGCUUCCUCAACGGAGUGUUUGCUGAAGUGCUGUCCGUGUUCGGGUCGCUCUUGGGUGGCUACAUGUCUCGCCAGACAAGGGACAACACAAAGCUCCUGCUGAAGAUGUGUUUCGUGAGGGUCUUGCCUGCCGCCCUUAUCUUUCUGACCAACACCAGGCUGUUUGGAAAACCGUCCAACGUUUAUGUGGGUGUGAGCUCCAUGCUCUUCCUGAACUUCAUCAGCGGCAUGAUCACGACGGUGGUGUUCACCAUCAUGAUGAGGCGGUCCCAGCAGGUGGCCAAGGGCUACAAGACCACUCACUUCUCGUUCCUCUGCACCGUCGAGGUGCUCGGGAAGCUGGCCUUUUCCAUUCUGGUGGGCCCUUGCAUUGACCUGAUCGGGAAACCUGCCACCUACUUUGUUAUGACGGCAUUUACGGCUUUCAGUGUUGCCACGGUGAAGUAUGUCAAGUGA